AUCACUCUCUCUUCGUGUCAUCCAGCCUCGCCCCGCUCAUCUUGGCCGUCAAUCUGUUAUCCCAUACAGAAGAUCAUCGCGAAGGAUGAAGAGGAGACAGCAAGGGAAGAUCAAGAGGUGGAGAAAGGAGGAAAGGAGGAAGAGGAGGGGGACAAAAUCGGGAAGGUGGAGAAAGGAAAGGUGGAAGGAGAGGCGGGGGAGAAAAUCGAGGAGGGGGAGGGAGGGGGAGCGAAGGAGGAGAGGAGGAGGAGAAGGAGGAGAAGGAGGAGAAGGAGAGGAGGAGGAAGAGAGGAGGAGAAGGAAAGGAGGAAGAGUAGGAGGAGAAAACGGACUUGCAAACGAGGACGACGAGAGGUUGAGAAGAAAGACAGCGACAAAGUACAUUCGUGAGGGAAGCCGACUAAGGGAUGAGGACGGCGAGGAGGAAGAGGAGGAGGAAGAGGAGCAGGAGGGGGAGGAGGAGAAGGGGGAGGAGCAGGGGGAGGAGGAGGAGGGGGAGUAGGAGGAGAAAGAGGAGCAGGAGGAGGAGGACGAUGACGACGAUAGCAUGAGAGGGUAGAAGGACGAUGACGACGAUAGCAUGAGAGGGUAGCAAGAUAGGAGAAGGUCACAAGGAGGAGAAACAGGGGAACGGCGGGGCUUAUCCCGACGUUGCUUGCCCGAAAUACAUGCGGGUGAAAACGGUACCUGUACCUGUACCCACUUGCCGAAGGAAGAGGAGGUGAAAGAUAUGGCGGAAGAGGGAAGAGAGGGGAGGAGAAAAGAUGGGGAACAUGUACGAGGUCAAAAGGGAGGAGGGGAGGAAGACGGGCCAAGAACGAUGAAGGCAAGCUGCUGUAUGUAUGUAGACUGAAAGUUGAACCGAAUGCAGCAUUAUGAGGACCAGGCACUCUAGUUUUCAGGUGGGGAUGGCCGGUGACAACGACGCACAAUCCUAUCAGGCACUCCGCUGGGAACUGACGGCCAUGCUCACACUAGAACUUCCCGAGAUUAUCUGACCGCAAUUCCAGUCAAGCCUGGAUGUAUCUGACCGCAAUUACAUCCAGAAAUCAGUCGGAAAGUCCGUGUGUAUGCCCCGAUGGGGCCCUACACGCCCUAAUCAACACUUCAAAAGAGA